AUGAGCCGCUCCACAUCACAAGCGGCCAUUGCUUUGCCCCCAUUUAGACACUUUGCUGCCACCCCGAACAUUUAUCAAGGAGUUACCCUUCUGCAAGACAAGCAAAAUGGCUUCGGCUUCGCGCGGUCAAACCCUAGACCUGCCAAGCCCAGAACAAAGGGGAUCACAGAGAUCCGAGGCCCAUACUACUCAGUCAUGGGCAAAAGAUAUCUCGCAGAUAUCCUCGAGACGUAUUAUUCUGCAAUGUCCCAACUACUCAUCAAAUGGCAUCUGACAAUAUCUAGGAUGGGCGACCAUGUAGAUGGUCUCAAGUUUGCCGGAGGUGCCUUUUCUCUCCUUCACGAGAAACCACUGCGGGAAUUGGUCGAUCUGGCCCAUGAGCACGGCGUAUACAUCUCAACGGGUGGAUGGGCUGAGCAUCUCCUGACACACCCCGAUCCAGAUACCGUAUUUGACCGGUACUUGAAGAAAUGCAAGGAUCUCGGACUCGAUGUCGUUGAACUGUCUUCUGGUUUUCUGUCAUUCCCGGAGGAUGACUGGCUCCGUCUUAUUGAUAAAGUCCACUCAUACAAGUUGGAACCAAAGCCUGAAUUGGGAAUUCAAUUUGGAGCCGGUGGGGACACACCUGCCUCGGGACUUGAAUCGAUUGGGACCUCGGACCCUGGCAAAUUGGUGAAUCUAGGUCGUAGAUUCCUCGACGCUGGUGUGAAACGGUUGAUGAUUGAAUCAGAAGGCAUCACUGAAAACGUCAAGUCCUGGCGGACUGAUGUAGUGUCGAAGAUCAUGAAGGAGCUUCCUCCUGAGCGUGUCAUGUUUGAAGCUGCAGAUCCCAAGGUCUUUAAUUGGUACGUUCGUGAGUUUGGUAUUGAUGUCAACCUGUUUGUGGAUCAUAGCCAAAUUGUGCAGUUAGAAUGCCUGCGGACUGGCAUCUGGGGCACCGCCGACACCUGGGGCAAGAUAAGGCACAAGGAGUCGGAAUGCCACUUCUCGGAUCGGCCCGCACGCCUACUCAAGCCAGACGCCAAGGAUUCGACAGUGUUGCUCAGUGAACGCAUGGUAGCAUCUCCGCAGCGCGAAACGGCAAUGGAUCGCCUUUUGAAUUCUCUCGAGGAUCAAGGAAUGAAUAUGGAACGCCAGGAAAAGGAUGAGAAGGAAGGGACGGCUCCCGUGCCAAAAGUGGCGCGGCUUCUGCGCGACGGCCAGGGAAAGUUUAUGUAUAUUGGUGAUUCGGCGAGUUUGUCAUUCUUACAGAGUCUGCGCCGUGUUGUGACAUCUUCCAUUGGCCGAUGUGAGUUUACCGAGGACAACUCACGACACUCAAUGCUCGAGGCUUUUCAGAGCAACCCAAGCACUCAGCCCGGAGCUCUAGUUGCGCCACCAAGCAACGAAGAAGCCCAACGACUAGCUGGUCAGUUCGUGCUUGCUACAAGCCCGUUGCUUGACUUAUUUGAUCUGGAAGAGUUCCACCCACGGCUAGCUAAUUGGGUUGCAAACCCAUCGGGUGAUGAAGAUACCGUUAGCUCUAUCUUCUAUCUUGUCCUUGCCAUUGGAGCUCAGGUUUCCGAUAUUGAUCAGACAGUAGCUGAACAAUAUUUUGGCAGCGGCCGCCAAUUGGCGUUUUCGGCCUUUCAGGAAACCCCAAGCAUAUCCACCAUUCAAUCAUACAUUUUGGUUUCCAUGUAUAUGCUCGGCGCAUGCAGGCGCAAUGGUGCAUUUAUGAAUCUGGGGAUUGCUUUACGUGCUGCCUACGCAGUUGGAAUACACCGCAAGGAUGCAAACGCGCUCUUUUGUGGGCGUGAGCGCCGAGCGAGGGAGCGAGUUUGGAAGAGUCUUCGAAUGAUGGAUCUAUUCCUCAGCGCCUCCCUGGGACGCCCUCCCGCAACCUCAGAUUACGACUAUGAUACACGUGAAGAUGCUCUUGUAUCAGGGGAAUCACAACACCAUUUGACCGCAGAGCAACAGCUUUCUGCUGCGGUGAUUUCCCUUUGUCGAAUAUUCGAACGGAUCUUGACCGAUGUGUACAUGAAGCAAGUCAUAUCAAUCAAUGUUGCAGAGACGAUCUCCAACCAGCAUCGGGCUUGGGUUCGCAUUCUGCCAACAAUCCUCAGAAUGCAGACCGAGCGACUCGAAAAAAAAUCCAUGGAAAACAGCCUAGCUGCAGCUCACGUGUUCGGGUCAUAUUACUGGUCGAUCAUCUUGUUAACAAGACCAUUCCUCAUAUACCGUGUCGCCCAGUAUGUCAAAGGCAAAUCCGAUUCAUCCUCAGACACUCGAAACGGUAGCUCCCGAAUAUCCCUGUUUGCCGAUGCAUGUGUCUAUUCCGCACUCCGUGGUCUAGAUAUGGUCGAUGAUCUCAGCCAUUAUACCUCCCUUCCACGUCGACUACCUUUCUUGAUCAACUCCGUUUUUAACUCUGUCAUCGUCCUCGGAGCUGCAUUCUUCGCUGACUACGACAACCUGCUUCCAUUGGAAGAAGGAAUGAACAAAGCCGAACGGUUCCUAGGGCUAUUUGUCCCGCACGAUCCACACGCAUGCCGUUUCUUCCAAAUUAUCAAAUACCUCCGCGCCGCUGUAACCGAAUACGUUUGCCGACGAAAUCGGCAAUGGAUGAAUAGGCGCAGCAAACAGGUCGACCAGCUCUUCGGCCAAGUAGGCGGCGAUGAGGAUCGUAACUCCCCAACCCCAGGAGCUCCACUUUUCGCUGGCCCAAGUGAUGCUCACUCAUCUGCAUCUGCAACUGCGAUAUCUCCUACCUCUGCCGACAAAAUGCCUAUUGGAACUCCAAUCUCCUAUAUCCCCUCCCAACCACUCCUUCAACCCCAACUUUCAACCGACAACGAUGUUUGGGAAGCCCUGUGCAAUGGCUCAGACCCCACUACAGCUUUGUCCUACGAUGCAGCAAUUUCUGCAUUAACCACCUCGGGUAUCCCUGUGGGCUGCUCUCCUGGUGGGACUAUCCCUUCUGGUCCGCUCCCAGUGUCCGGUCCAUCCCCAAUUUCUGACAUGAUGUUCCCGGAUAAUGGUCUGUUGUAUAUGGCUGAGGAUCUUCCAGUCUUUGGCAUCUGGGGCGAUGAGCCGUGA